UUUACAAUAUGAACUUUAUCAAUUUACAAUAUGAACUUUAUCAAAGUUCAUAUUGUAUGUAAGUUACUAUUUCACCGAAUUUAUAUUUAUUUUUUGGAAAAUUUAGGUUUAGUUGCUCUUUAUAUUAAAGGGUAGAAAGACUUGAUCAGCGGUACAAUAAAACCUACCGAUACCACCAAUUAUGUCAAAAGAAGAAACAUUGAAGCAGAUUUUCCAUCUUUUGCAAAAAAAUAUUCAUGCCUACUGGAAGUCAUCUGACCAAUAUUUUGAAAUGAGGGAAAGACGUGUUAGAAGAUCUAGGUCAAUCAAAGCUUCUAGUUGUCCAACAACCGCUAGCAGCACCAACUAUUAUAUUGUCAAAGACCAAGGUACAUCUAUAACACCACCAGAAUCGCCUAUGGAAUGUCAAUGCUUGGGUCAACAAAAACAGCUUCUUUUGGACAGCCAUAAUGACGUUUCUACUGACCGAGUGUUGUCUGAAGUUCAUGUUCUGGACAAAAAUGAAAAAUUGCCUGGAAAUACCAUUUCUAAUAUACCCGAUGGACCAUUAUCAGAGAUUAUGAAUACUAUAGAUGAAAGCAAAGAAGUCGAAGAAAUAAUCUCGGAAGAGAAAUUUAAUUCACCUGCUCUGAGAUGUCCAUCAACACCAGAUACUGAAAACUCAGAGAGCUUUGUCUUUGGCAACAUUAUUGAGCAACAAUUGUCAAUCAUGAGAGAAAAUAUAGAUUUAAAGAUUCAAAUGCAAAAGGUUAAAAAGCAUGUAAACAGUUUUCGGAAAGACAAUGAAGACGAUGAAAUCAAGAACCACCAUUUUACGUCUAUUGAUGAUAUAUUAUCUAAAGUUUUAUGUACACAGAAACGUUCAGAGAUCCUUUGUGACAAGCUUUGCGAGGGACUAUGCAAAGUUAAAGAAACGGAUAAAAAAUUACCAGCACAUCUAAGGGAGUUUUGUGACAGUAUAAGAAAGACUGUUGGUCUAGAUUUCCGCCAGAUAGGGAGAGAACUGGGAGUAGAACCAGAUAAACUCAGCAAUAUCGAAGACGAGUACUCAGAUGCAGAAGAGUGUUUGCAUCAAAUUAUUUUGGAAUGGAGUACACGAACUGAAAAACCAUCCUACCAUGCAUUAGUUACAGCAUGUUGUAAUGUUAAUCCAGACAUUUUAAAAUGUAAACCUCUUGAUGAAAAGAAAGCAAUGGUGCUUGAACAAAACUACAGUAUGAUGUGUGAAGAAAUGCUAGAAGUACCUCUGUUACCUUACCUAAUUUCCGCUGGGGUAAUGUCGUUGAAAAUGCAAAGAUAUGUUUUACAGCCAAAGACUCAUGAUCAACGGAUCUGUCGACUUUUGAACAUUCUCAAGACAAGGGAGAAUGGGUUCGAAGCUCUCCUAUGUGCGCUUGAUCUUUCGGAUCAGAGUCAUGUUUCUGCUUUAUUAAAAUCGUCGCUGGAAAGAGAAACAGGGGAAACCUUUACACAGACUGACGUAACUUGUUAUGAAGAUUAUGGACAAGGCAAAAUGUCUGCUCCAUGCAUAUUGAGACCAAAACGUUUGUUUUCUUCGUGUGAAUCAUUAGAUAAUGAUGAAAGUAAAAGUCCAGCUUACAAUAUAUUGAUGAAAAUACAAGAAAUGAUAACAAAGUUAGACUUCCCAGAAAAACAUUAGACAUUACAUCAAUAAAUAUGAUUAUAAAUAUCUAAUUGAUGGAUUUGAGGCAGCUCUUACGUAAAUUAUUAAAACAAAUUACUAGUAAUUGGUUUAUUAUGUUAUUCUUGGUUUAAAAUUCCAAUAUUUUUAAACGGUGUUUUUAUUCUUGGUCCAAAAAUCCAAGAUUUUAAAACAGUGUUUCAAAUUGAUCGAUGACCAUCUGUUUUCGUAAUUGUUUCACUGAUUUUGCUAUCUAAAUAUACACUUUAACACAAAACAUUAUUUGA